AUGUUAUCCUCCAAAGUAUACUCCCCGCCAGAUAUGGAGCGUUCGGCCUUGCAGCUGCAGGACCUUCAGGAGCUGCAGAAACAACACAACCAGCAGAUGCAGGAGGUGCAGCAGCAGCAGCAGCAGCAGCAGCAGCAGCAGCGACCGCAGGGUGUAGGAGAAAUAGGAGGAGGUUUUGCGCAAGAAGUAGGGAGAGUCGAACCGACUCCCACCAACGGCGGCGAGCGCCCUGUUCGGAACUUCAACUACAACGGACGAGUCCGCAACAGUGAACGAGCCAGUGAACGAGCCAGCUCUGGCGUUCUUGGCCGACAACACCCUCAUCGUAGCUCCUUUUCCAUCUAUUCCAACUAUUCGUCCUAUUCUUCUUCUUCUUCUUCAGACGGGGGCGGGGGCGGAGGGGUCCGAGGCUCGGUUCCAGCUGGCGCCGGAGGAGAGGGAGGGGGACCAACGCCCCCACCGCCGCUACCACGUCAACCGACGCCGACGCCGUACGCCCAACAGCCGCAACGUAACCCCAUGAUGGAGAUGGUGCCGCCGCAGGCGCCGGGGACGGCGGAGACGGACGCCACGGCCGUCGCCGGCACCGAGUCGGUGAAGCAGCAGCAGCAGCAGCAGCAUCAUCAUCAUCAUCAUCAUCAUAUACGGCAUCCGCCGCCGACGUACGCCCCGUCAUCGCAGGACCCGUAUAGCCGUGUGAGAUUCGCGGACGAGGAGCGGAGGCGGGAGAAGGAGCGGAGGCGGGAAGAGGAGGCGAGCCAUCCCCCAGGGCAGAUCGACAUGGCGCAGAUCGCGGGCGGGCAUAGCAUGCGAGCCCUUUGGGUGUUUGCUUGUUGUGCCUUCUUUUGGUAUCGGUGUUUGAUGGAUGAGGACUAUUGA